UCUUGACCUCGCACUUUCCCUCUCCAAUUUUAAACCAUCUCUCUUUGUGACUCUCUGAACCAAAAGCAAAAGCAAAAACAAAAACAAGAAAACUAAGAAAAUAAAAACAUAAAAUUACAAGGACAAAGAAAACAAACAAGAUCACAAGAUGAUGAGAUUAUUCGGAAGAGGAAGAGACUCCGACAACUCACCGCAAUCUAAUUCUUUGCCGUCACCGUCACAGUCUCCGUCUAUUUCGUCUCCAGUUACCGGUCCAGCGAGGCCGAUCCGGCUUGUGUACUGCGAUGAGAAAGGAAAGUUCCGGAUGGAUCCUGAGGCAGUCGCGGCGCUCCAGCUUGUCAAGGAGCCAAUCGGUGUAGUAUCUGUCUGCGGUCGCGCUCGACAGGGAAAGAGCUUUAUCUUGAAUCAGCUUCUUGGGAGGAGUAGUGGAUUUCAAGUAGCAUCAACGCACCGCCCAUGUACGAAAGGCCUAUGGUUGUGGAGUGCACCUUUGAAGAGAACUGCUCUUGAUGGAACUGAGUACAAUCUUUUACUAUUAGAUAGUGAAGGAAUUGAUGCUUAUGAUCAAACGGGGACAUACAGCACUCAGAUAUUCUCCUUAGCUGUCCUUUUAUCUAGCAUGUUCAUUUACAACCAGAUGGGUGGAAUUGAUGAAGCUGCCCUUGAUCGUCUUUCUCUUGUCACUCAAAUGACAAAACAUAUACGUGUAAGAGCCUCUGGAGGAAGGACUUCUGCUUCUGAACUUGGGCAGUUCUCUCCAAUUUUUGUUUGGCUUCUAAGGGACUUCUAUUUGGAUUUGGUGGAGGACAAUAGGAAAAUAACCCCCCGUGACUACUUAGAGAUUGCUUUACGGCCAGUUCAAGGGAGUGGAAAAGAUAUAGCUGCAAAAAAUGAGAUCCGAGAUUCAAUUCGAGCUCUAUUUCCAGAUAGAGAAUGUUACACCCUUGUGAGGCCAUUGAACAAUGAAAAUGACCUCCAGCGACUUGAUCAAAUAUCGUUGGACAAACUAAGACCUGAAUUUAAAGCUGGGCUUGAUGCUUUGACAAAGUUUGUUUUUGAGAGAACAAGGCCCAAGCAAAUGGGGGCUACAGUAAUGACAGGUCCAAUUCUUGUGGGUAUCACUGAAUCUUACCUAGAUGCUCUGAACAAUGGUGCAGUGCCAACAAUAUCCUCCUCAUGGCAGAGUGUUGAAGAAGCUGAGUGUCGAAAAGCAUAUGAUUCUGCUACAGAGUUUUAUAUGUCUACAUUUGACCGUUCAAAGCCACCUGAAGAAGUUGCUUUAAGGGAAGCACAUGAAGAAGCUGUGCAAAAAUCACUGGCACUAUUUAAUGCUGGUGCUGUAGGGGUUGGUUCAGCUAAAAAGAAAUAUGAGGGCCUUCUCCAUAAAUUUUUCCGGAAGGCAUUUGAGGAUUACAAAAGGAAUAUAUUAAUGGAGGCAGAUAUCCGUUGUUCAAAUGCUGUACAGAGCAUGGAACGGAGGCUGAGAGCAGCUUGCCAUUCUUCUGAUGCCAAUAUAGAUAAUGUUGUGAAAGUAAGUACUAAUUGCUCAGUUAUUCUCUCUAUAAAAGCACUGCUGUUGAAAACAAUUUUAAACUUCAUUUUCUUCAAGAUAUAUGAUGUGUCUCAGGGGACAUACAGCACUCAGAUAUUCUCCUUAGCUGUCCUUUUAUCUAGCAUGUUCAUUUACAACCAGAUGGGUGGAAUUGAUGAAGCUGCCCUUGAUCGUCUUUCUCUUGUCACUCAAAUGACAAAACAUAUACGUGUAAGAGCCUCUGGAGGAAGGACUUCUGCUUCUGAACUUGGGCAGUUCUCUCCAAUUUUUGUUUGGCUUCUAAGGGACUUCUAUUUGGAUUUGGUGGAGGACAAUAGGAAAAUAACCCCCCGUGACUACUUAGAGAUUGCUUUACGGCCAGUUCAAGGGAGUGGAAAAGAUAUAGCUGCAAAAAAUGAGAUCCGAGAUUCAAUUCGAGCUCUAUUUCCAGAUAGAGAAUGUUACACCCUUGUGAGGCCAUUGAACAAUGAAAAUGACCUCCAGCGACUUGAUCAAAUAUCGUUGGACAAACUAAGACCUGAAUUUAAAGCUGGGCUUGAUGCUUUGACAAAGUUUGUUUUUGAGAGAACAAGGCCCAAGCAAAUGGGGGCUACAGUAAUGACAGGUCCAAUUCUUGUGGGUAUCACUGAAUCUUACCUAGAUGCUCUGAACAAUGGUGCAGUGCCAACAAUAUCCUCCUCAUGGCAGAGUGUUGAAGAAGCUGAGUGUCGAAAAGCAUAUGAUUCUGCUACAGAGUUUUAUAUGUCUACAUUUGACCGUUCAAAGCCACCUGAAGAAGUUGCUUUAAGGGAAGCACAUGAAGAAGCUGUGCAAAAAUCACUGGCACUAUUUAAUGCUGGUGCUGUAGGGGUUGGUUCAGCUAAAAAGAAAUAUGAGGGCCUUCUCCAUAAAUUUUUCCGGAAGGCAUUUGAGGAUUACAAAAGGAAUAUAUUAAUGGAGGCAGAUAUCCGUUGUUCAAAUGCUGUACAGAGCAUGGAACGGAGGCUGAGAGCAGCUUGCCAUUCUUCUGAUGCCAAUAUAGAUAAUGUUGUGAAAGUAAGUACUAAUUGCUCAGUUAUUCUCUCUAUAAAAGCACUGCUGUUGAAAACAAUUUUAAACUUCAUUUUCUUCAAGAUAUAUGAUGUGUCUCAGGGGCUCAUAUCUAAAUACAUCAUGCAGGUUCUUGAUGUUCUUUUAUCUGAAUAUGAAGCUUCGUGCCAUGGCCCAGGAAAAUGGCAAAAAUUGGCCAUGUUCUUACAACAAAGUUUGGAAGGUCCAAUUCUUGACCUUGUCAAGAGGCUUAUUGAUCAGAUUGGAUCAGAGAAAAGUUCUCUCAUGCUGAAAUGCCGCUCAAUUGAAGACAAGAUGAAGUUGCUUAAUAAGCAACUGGAAGAUAGCGAGAAGUAUAAGUCAGAAUAUCUGAAGCGUUAUGAUGAUGCUAUUAAUGACAAGAAGAAGCUUGCUGAUGAGUACACAGGCCGUAUGAGUAAUCUGCAAGGUGAAAACAUGUCACUGAAAGAGAAGUGUUCUAGCUUGUCAAAGACAUUGGAUUCUCUUCGGCAUGAAAUCUCAGACUGGAAAAGAAAAUAUGAUCAAGUCUUUUCGAAGCAGAGAGCUAAGGAAGAUCAGGCCUCUUCAGAAAUUGAAGUUCUCAAGUCCCGGAGCACUGCUGCCGAAGCAAGGCUGGCUGCUGCUCGGGAACAAGCUAUGUCUUCUCAGGAAGAGGUUGAAGAGUGGAAAAGGAAAUAUGGUGUUGCAGUUAGAGAAGCAAAAACUGCUUUAGAGAAGGCAGCUAAUGUGCAAGAACGCACAAACAAGGAAAUGCAACAUAGGGAAGAUAUCCUCAGGGAAGAAUUCUCUAAUAGUUUGGCUGAAAAGGAGGAGGAAGUGAAGGACAAAACCGCCAAGAUUGAGUAUGCUGAGCAGUGUUUGACAACUUUAAGAUUAGAGUUGAAGGCUGCCGAGUCAAAAAUGAAGAGUUAUGAAGUGGAAAUAUCAUCAUUGAAGCGUGAUAUCAAAGAGUUAAGUGAGAAGUUAGAAGCUGUAAAUUCUAAGGCGCUAUCAUUUGAGAGGGAAGCGAGGAUGAUGGAACAGGAGAAGAUGCAUCUGGAGGAGAAGUAUAAAUCUGAGUUUGAAAGGUUUGAAGAUGUCCAAGAAAGGUGUACAUUUGCUGAAAAGGAAGCUAAGAAGGUUAAUGAAUUGGCUGAAAAGGAACGAGCUGAAGCAGCUGCUGCUCGAAAGGCCAAAUAUGACUUUGAGAAGUUGGCAAUGGAAAGAUUGGCUGUAAUAGAGAGGGUUCAGAGGCAGGUUGAAAAUUUGGAGAGGCAGAAAACUGACUUGACUAAUGAAAUAAAUGGAAUACGUGAAUCAGAGUUGGAGGCCCUCUCCAAAGUGGCACUACUGGAGGCAAGAGUUGAAGAAAGAGAGAAGGAGAUAGAGUUACUGUUGGACUCAAACAAUGAGCAGAGGGCCAGUACAGUUAAAACGCUUGAAGAUCUUUUGGAGUCUGAACGUAAAGCUCGUACUGCUUCUAAUGCUAUGGCAGAAAGACUGUCUCUUGAGGUACAGUCUGCGCAAGCUAAAAUUGAUGAACUUCAGCAAGAGUUGACUAAAGCACGUCUGAAUGAAACAGCGUUGGAUAAUAAGCUCAGAGCUACUUCACAUGGUAAACGUGUAAGAGCAGAAGACUGUGAAGUGGGAGUCGGAUCUGUUCAAGAUAUGGAAACAGAUGACAAAGUUGUUAGGGCAAAUAAGAGGUCCAGGAGCACAACUAGCCCGCUCAAGUACACACAGCCAGAAGAUGGUGGUUCAGUGUUCAAGGGUGAUGAGGAUAACCUGAGUCAGCAAUCUAAUCAUGAUGAUUACACUAAGUUUACGGUGCAGAAACUAAAGCAAGAACUCACCAAACAUAAUUUUGGCGCUGAACUGCUUCAGUUGAGGAAUCCCAAUAAGAAAGAGAUCCUUUCUUUGUAUGAGAAAUGUGUUCUUCAGAAGUCAUAACAAUCUUUUAUGUAUAGGAUUGUUGAAUAUAAUUUACUGGAAGCGUAGUGGAUAGAUGAGUUAAUUAGCAUAAGAGUUGUGAAAAUCAUUCUUAGUGUAACAAUGUGUUUCCAUGGUUGCCUCUCGACGUAAAAAUAAACUUUUAGGGUGUGAUGUGUGUCUUAUCUAACGAGGGCGUGUGUAUUUUGCGGUGUGACCGUUCUUGUUUGGGUGUAGCUAUCAUAUCUGUUGUUCCUGUUAACAUUGGGGGCAAGGAUUUGAAGUAUGAUAAGUUUCUUUCUUUAGUUUUGUUAAUUAGAACCCCCAGUCUCUGGAAUGGGCAGGGUAACCGAUGUCAUUCUUAGAGACGGAAUUAGUUUUACUCUGCAACUUAUUAUGUAAAGUUUGAUUUGCCAUUCGGGAUUAUUUUGUUUUUUAAGUUGUGAGA